AUGCUAACAAAGUCUAGGUUACAAGUAUUCCAUGAGCUACAUUGCCUCAAUUUUCUCCGAAAAUUAAUUUACCCUGAUGUGUAUGGCAAGAUAGAUUACAAAGGACAGAUCCAUGCUAAUCAUUGUAUUGACCACAUACGAAGGAUAGCGGAAUGUGGUAGUAAUGCUACACCGGUUGUGUAUACAGGCUACAAGAAUGGCAAUCUUUAUAGCGAGCCGGAAACCUACACUUGCCGUAAUUUUACUCUUAUCCGCCAGUGGGCGGAAAUGAAGAAGAUCCAGAAUACUCAGUAG